UUUUCCCCUAUUGACAACGUUUCUGAGUUUAAUCACUGACUACCGCAAAACCCUAAAAGCUAAACGAAAACCAUUGACGACUAUCUCUGAGAUGGAAGAAGAGAGACCCUCGACGUUGCCGUUUGCAACAAGUUUUAAUCCUUCAAAUCCACUAGGGGCUCUGGAUGAACUCCUUGACUUUAUUGGGCAAAAAAGCAACUUUCUGAUCAAAGACACGGCGGAGAAGGAGAUCGUCACUGCUGUUACAGCCGCGAUCACCAAGGAGAGGCAGAGGAAAACAGAGGAGGAGAGCGUCAUCAUGACUUUGGAGCCAGAGACGACUCCCCCGGAGGAAUCUGGAGAGAAGAUGAGCAAGAAAGCAGCAAAGAAAGAAGCGGCGAAGCUAGAGAAGUUGCGCCGCAAGAAGGAACAACAAGAAGAAGAAUCCUCCCGUAACGCAACUUCAAUGUCUCUCGAAGAUGACGAGUACUCCAGUAACUACGGCGACGUGAUUCUUAGCGGGUUACCCGAUCCGAAAGCAGAAACGUGGAGAAAGGCUGUUGAAGGAAAGGAGUGGACCGAUGUUAGCGAUUUGGUGGGAGAGAUGGUGGGAUCAGAGGUUCUGAUCAGAGGCCGAGUUCACACUGUUCGCUCAGGAAUGUUUGUGAUCUUGAGGCAAAGUGGAUUCACGGUGCAGUGCGUGGCCAAAAAAUCGGAGGAGACCAAAGUAAGCGCCAACAUGAUUAAUUUUCUCAAAGAGCUGAGUGAUGAAUCCAUUGUUGAGGUUAUUGGUGUUGUCUCUCUCCCCAAGGAUCCCGUGACCGGAGCCACACAGCAGCAGGUUGAAAUUCAAGUGAGAAAAGUUUACUGCCUCAGCAGAUCCUUGCCAAAGUUACCACUCAUUCCGGAGGAUGCUGCCAGAAGCGAAGCGGAUAUCGAAAAAUCCGAAAAGGAUGCGGCUAAGCGUACCACCGGGCGCCGCAAACGAUAUGUUCGUAUCCUUCAGGACACACGUUUGAAUAAUAGGGUUCUUGACCUCCGAACACCAGCAAAUCAAGCAAUCUUCACCUUAACGUGCCGUUUCAAAUAUACGUUCGCGGAGCUGCUAUCAUCCAAAGGUUUUAUAGAUAUCAACACACCGAGAAUUUUGGGUGGUAGUAGUGAAGGAGGUUCUGCUGUAUUUCGCUUUGACUACAAAGGGAAGCCUGCUUGUUUGGCUCAGUCUCCUCAGCUUUAUAAGCAGAUGGCAAUAUGUGCUGACUUUCCACGCGUCUUUGUGAUUGGUCCUGUUUUCAGGGCUGAAGACUCGUUCAGUCAUAGACACCUGUGUGAAUUCACUGGUGUUGAUGUGGAGAUGGGGAUUCAAAGAGACUAUACCGAAUUAAUGGACCAGGUGGACCACUUAUUUCUGCCUACAUUCACUAAGAUAAACGAGAUGUUCUCUAAGGAACUGGAAACUGUCAGAAAGCAAUACCCAUUUGAACCUUUGAAGUUUCAUGAAAAAACAUUGAGGUUAACGUUUGAAGAAGGGAUUCAAAUACUCAAGGAAGCUGGUGUGGAGAUUGAUCCUUUUGGAGAUUUAAACACAGAAUCUGAGAGAAGACUUGGCCAGCUCAUUCGGGAAAAGUACAACACAGACUUUUACAUACUGUAUCGCUUUCCACUCGCGGUUAGGCCAUUCUACACAAUGCCCUGUGAAGAUGAUCCUCGUUACAGCAAAUCCUUUGAUGUCUUCUUGAGAGGCGAGGAGAUCAUAUCAGGAGGACAACGUAUCCAUGACCCAGAAAUGUUGGAGAAACGUGCAAGAGAAUGUGGCAUUAAUGUUGAGACAAUAUCCACAUACAUCGAUUCGUUCAGGUACGGUGCACCUCCACAUGGUGGAUUCGGAAUGGGGCUGGAGCGAGUGGUCAUGCUCUUCUGUGGACUGGACAACAUCCGUAAAACAUCCCUCUUCCCUCGUGACCCUCAUAGACUUGCACCUAAAUUAUACAUAACCAAAACAACAAUGCUAUUACCAUUUUAUUUUUUAAUCAUAUAUUGGUUUAAUUCAUUCUGUAGAAUUUAUAAAUACACUACUCAUAAAUAG